GAGCUGACGAGAGAUAAGGAGAAUCGACAAACCGACAUCAGGUAUUAAAGAAAGUCUUUCCCCCCCCUUCCCCUCCUUCUCCACGACAAUGUCAUCUUUCACCAUGAACACUACACAGGGAACAAUGCAGCCAGAGGUCGAAAAGCUUCGUUACGGUAUCGACCUCAAAUGUUUGGAAGAAACCAAUGAGAAUGGUACGCGCAAAUGGCUCUUAAGCCAUGUGAACGGGAAAUGGGACUUGGACGACCCCAAUUCAGUCGCCAAAUGUUGGAUCUGUCGGGUGAACAAUUCUUCCGCAAAUGAUCCUGACGGUCAAGACCCACCUGAUUUACCUAUCAAUUCCUUGGGAUACUUCAUGACGGUGCCCACGUGCAGGUCUGACUACUUGACUCCGGCAAGCAUCGAAACAUUGAGCACAGAGCUCAAGGACAUGGCCAGCGAGGUCUACUCAGCAAUUGAAAGGGUGGGCACAGAGCAGCUCCCGAUUCGCAGCUCGAUGAGAAUGUUGGAAAUCGACACGGUGCGAAAUGGGAGUAUAACGAUUGACGUUCAAGCUAGUGUCGAGACAGAGGGUAAACCCGAUCGUUUUGGGACCUGGUACAAUGUGCUGCUUCGCAACAAGGUGUUGACUGAUACUGAUACUGAUCCGGCCGAGGUCGAUGAUGGCACUGGGGAAGAAAUGGAAACAGGGGUUUCUGGGGAGAAAUCAGAAGUGGCGGGUGCAGAGCGAAGAGACUAUCAACUACGGUCUCGACGCACGAACACCGCAUGA